GCUCCCUGUAGUAUUGAUGUGGCAAAGUCAGUCAGGUUCCACGUCAUUCGGAAGGAUCUCUCCAGACACGGAUGCGCAUACAGAAGAAGAGAGAGUCUUGACACCUGUCUAAAAGGAAAACUCAUUCUCUCUCAGUGGAGUCUCGUGAAGGGAAGAAGAGCUGACAUCAUGACAGCUGCUGAGAAUGUGUGUUACACCCUCAUCAAUGUCCCCAAUGACUCUGAACCACCAUCAGAAGUCAGCUUGAAAACGGAUUUAGAAAAGGGGGAGAUCAAAGCCAAGACCGAGGCUUUGAAGAAGGUUAUCAUAAUGAUCCUGAAUGGAGAGAAACUGCCUGGCCUGUUGAUGACCAUCAUCCGGUUUGUGUUGCCGCUUCAGGACCACACAAUCAAGAAACUUCUACUUGUUUUUUGGGAGAUUGUUCCCAAAACCACUCCUGAUGGCAAACUUCUUCAGGAGAUGAUCUUGGUCUGUGAUGCCUACAGGAAGGAUCUCCAGCAUCCCAAUGAGUUCAUCCGUGGCUCCACCCUGCGCUUCCUGUGCAAGCUGAAGGAGUCUGAGCUGCUGGAACCCCUCAUGCCAGCAAUCCGUGCCUGUCUAGAACAUCGUCACAGCUACGUACGGCGCAAUGCAGUCCUGGCCAUCUAUACUAUCUACAGGAACUUUGAGCAUUUGAUCCCUGAUGCUCCUGAGCUGAUUCAUGAUUUUCUAGUAAAUGAGAAAGAUGCAAGCUGCAAGAGAAAUGCUUUUAUGAUGCUGAUUCAUGCAGAUCAGGAUAGGGCUCUGGACUACCUUAGCACCUGCAUUGAUCAGGUGCAUACUUUUGGAGACAUUCUACAGCUCGUCAUUGUGGAACUGAUCUAUAAGGUCUGCCAUGCCAACCCCUCAGAGAGAGCUCGUUUCAUCCGCUGUAUCUACAACCUUCUGCAGUCCUCCAGUCCUGCUGUUAAAUAUGAAGCAGCCGGCACUCUGGUUACUCUGUCCAGUGCUCCCACAGCCAUCAAGGCUGCUGCUCAGUGCUACAUUGAUCUGAUCAUUAAAGAGAGUGACAACAACGUCAAGCUCAUCGUUCUAGACCGCCUGAUUGAGCUGAAGGAACACCCCACACAUGAGCGUGUGCUGCAGGACCUGGUGAUGGAUAUUUUGAGGGUUUUGACCACUCCUGAUCUUGAGGUCCGCAAGAAAACCCUCCAGCUGGCCCUGGACCUGGUGUCCUCCCGCAAUGUGGAGGAGCUGGUUAUUGUGCUAAAGAAGGAAGUAAUCAAAACCAAUAAUGUGACCGAACAUGAGGAUACAGACAAGUACAGGCAGCUGCUUGUUCGCACUCUCCACUCAUGUAGUGUGCGCUUCCCUGACAUGGCAGCCAAUGUCAUCCCUGUGCUGAUGGAGUUCCUGAGUGACACUAAUGAGGCGGCCGCAGCAGAUGUGCUGGAAUUUGUACGUGAGGCAAUUCAGAGGUUUGACAUUCUCAGACCUCUCAUCACUGAGAAGAUGCUGGAGGUCUUCCAUGCUAUCAAGACAGUCAAGAUUUACAGAGGAGCUCUAUGGAUUUUGGGGGAAUAUUGCAGCACUAAAGAGGACAUCCAGAGUGUGAUGACAGAAGUCCGCAGAUCUUUGGGAGAUAUCCCAAUUGUGGAGAAUGAGUUGAAGAAGGAGGCAGGAGAAGUGAAGCCAGAGGAAGAGGUGACCGCAGCACCAGCUCCUAAGCUGGUGACAGAGAUGGGCACCUAUGUUACUCAGAGUGCCCUCAGCACCUCCAGACCAUCUAAGAAAGAAGAGGACAGGCCUCCUUUGAGAGGUUUCCUAAUGGACGGAGACUUCUACGUUGCUGCCUCAUUGGCGACCACCCUCACCAAAGUGGCCCUGCGCUAUGUUGCUCUUGCUGAGGACAAAAAAAGGCAAAAUUCAUUUGUGGCAGAGGCCAUGCUGAUCAUGGCCACUGUGCUCCAUCUGGGCAGGUCCUCUCUGCCCAAGAAGCCCAUCACAGAUGAUGACGUGGACCGCAUCUCGCUGUGCCUCAAGGUUCUCUCUGAAUGCUCGCCCCUCAUGAACGACAUUUUCAACAAGGAGUGCCGCAGAUCCCUGUCCCAUAUGCUCGCUGUCAGGCUUGAGGAAGAGAAACUGUCUCAGAAGAAAGAGUCUGAGAAGCGUAAUGUGACAGUUCAGGCAGACGAUCCCAUCUCCUUCAUGCAGCUGACUGCUAAAAAUGAGAUGACCUCCAAAGAGGACCAGUUCCAGCUCAGUCUGCUGGCCGCUAUGGGCAACACGCAAAGGAAAGAGGCAGCGGACCCUCUGGCCUCCAAACUUAAUAAGGUAACACAGUUGACUGGUUUCUCAGAUCCAGUGUACGCAGAAGCUUAUGUCCAUGUCAAUCAAUAUGACAUCGUCCUAGAUGUCCUGGUUGUUAAUCAGACUGGCGACACACUGCAGAACUGCACACUGGAGCUGGCAACACUUGGUGAUCUUAAAUUGGUUGAGAAACCGUCUCCUCUCACAUUGGCUCCUCAUGACUUUGCCAACAUCAAAGCCAAUGUGAAAGUGGCUUCCACAGAGAAUGGCAUCAUAUUUGGAAACAUAGUGUAUGACGUAUCGGGCGCAGGCAGUGACAGGAAUUGCGUAGUCCUCAGUGAUAUUCACAUUGACAUUAUGGACUACAUUCAGCCGGCCUCUUGCACAGAUGCAGAGUUCAGACAGAUGUGGGCUGAAUUUGAGUGGGAGAACAAGGUUACCGUCAACACCAACAUCACAGAUCUGACUGAUUACCUCCAACACAUUCUUAACUCCACCAACAUGAAGUGCUUGACCCCAGAAAAGGCCCUCUCUGGCAUCUGUGGCUUUAUGGCUGCAAAUUUAUAUGCCCGUUCUAUAUUUGGGGAGGAUGCUCUUGCAAAUGUCAGCAUUGAGAAACCCAUCCACCUGGGUCCUGAUGCCCCAGUCAAUGGCCAUAUCCGCAUCCGAGCCAAGAGCCAGGGCAUGGCUUUGAGUCUGGGUGACAAGAUCAAUCUCUCCCAGAAGAAGACUCUCUCGUAAAGUUCACAGACUGAGGCUGUUGUGGCAAAGGGCGAGAUUCAACUGAGAGUCACUAUGAUUAUUUCUAUCUUUUGUCCAUUCUCUGUCACUUGUUUUUGUCUCUAAAGUGUGCAGUACACACACACACAAUGCUCUGUGGCCAUGAUCUAAGCUCUUCGAUCCCAUAAAAUAUGUCUAAAAGGGAUUAUUUUGACGUUUUCUAGCAAGAAGAUUCUUCUUAACUGCUCUAAAAGGGAUUGACCUGGUUAUUGUUUCAAUAAACACUGCACAUCAUCUAC